UUGACGUGAUACGUUUGAUUAUAAAUAAUUACGGCGAUUUUAGAUAUUACUAAAUACAGUAAUUGAUGAGGUGUCCGAUUCGCAAUACUGGUGCACUCUGUCGUCAUGAGGAAUCAACCCCUCAGUAAUAGUGGCUACUAGGUAGAUAGCGCGUAUAUCCGUCUGCGGAUGUUCAUAUAUAUACUCGUCUUCGCCCGCUAAAGACAUACCGAAGACUUCGUUCUCUAGACUUCGUCGGCGCAUCUUAUCAACAACGAUCAAAAAGCCCAGUAAGCCAUGGCGGAUAAGCUGUAUAUCUCUGAGACACCCGAAGAGGUCAAAAAUGCCAAGGGUCUUCAUAUUAUCACCCAAAAUACCCCCAACGGACAGGCCGUACAAAUUCUACUAGAGGAGUUGGGCGAAGCAUACGGAACAUCGUGGACUACUAGUCUCAUCGAUAUCUCUACCAACGAGCAGAAGAAGGAGUGGUUUCUGCGACUGAAUCCCAACGGUCGCAUCCCUACCCUGAUUGAUAAUAACCAAAGUCCCCCUUUCCCCGUUCAUGAAACCUCGGCGGAAUUAUUUUACCUGUUAAAUGUUGCGGACAAGGACAACAAGUUCGGUUUCGCGGAUGCGCUAGAGCAAAGCGAAGCUCUUCAAUGGACCUUCUUCUGGCACGGGUCGGGGGCGCCCUACCAAGGGCAAACGAAUCAUUUCAAUCGCGUUGCUCCGGAAAAGAUUCCAUAUGCAAUCAAUCGUUUCAGGAAUGAGACACUUCGAGUCUACGGCGUGUUGGAGAUCCGGCUCUCCGGCAAGUACACCGGUGAGCCUCGGGAUUACUUAGCCGGCAAGGGGAAGGGCAAGUACUCGGUAGCGGACAUCAAAACGUGGCCCUGGGUCAAGGGAUGGGAAAGGAGCGGCUUCACUCGGGAGGAGAUCGAACAGUUCCCACACUUACUGAAGUGGAUUGACCGUGUCGCUGCGCGCUCGGCUGUUCAGAAAGGAAUCGGUUCCAAGUAUAUCAAGUCUUAAGACAGGGGCGGUUGAUGUUGAAAUAGUUACCUAUGAUAUCAGCAAUUAUAAGUUAUGAACCGUCAAGUCUAGCAGUGAGAAAUUGUUGGCGUCGCAUAUUUGUGAGACCU